AUGGCUCAAAGGGAAAAUGCAAAAGACAUCGUAAUACUAUAUGAAGAAGAUGCUGAGGAAUGGGCUCUGUACUUGAGGGAGAUAUUUUUGCAUGCUGUGCAAAGAGAGGCGAUCUUGUUAUAUCCCUUGGAGAGUUUCUCUCUUCCACAUUUGGAAUCGCUGAGCUUAAAUUCUUACAAAUGUAAACUUUUGAUAUUAUCUAAUAGUUUGCUUAAAGACCUAACUCCAAAGAAGUGUCGGUUUCUGGAAAAGGUGCUUCACUCAUCAGAAAGUGUAGUUACUCUGCUUUGCGGGAUGGAGAGUUCAGAUCCUCUCUAUGGAUUAUUAAAGAUCCCUGGGAGCAGAUGGGAGGUGUCAACUGAGCAGGAACCAGAGGAUUAUAUCUCUGUCAUCAGGAGGAUCAUCGUCAGAGGUCCUGAAGACUACCUUGAGGUCAGCAGUUCAACAGACUUAGGAAUGAAGCAUUCUGGGGAAAUGAGUAAGAAAAAGGAAAUUGGUGCCCCAGAAGCUUCAAGACCCGCCAUGCCACAAGUGAUGGUACUUCCUGCAGAAAUUCCAUGUGAGAAUCCUGGUGAGAUAUUCAUUCUGUUGAAAGAUGAAAUAAUUGGUGAAACUCUGGAAGUUGAAUUUAUAUCAAAUAAUAAAUGCAUUAGAGCAUGGCCAUCCCUUUGGAAUAAGACAGUCUGGCACAUGAAAGCUUUAGAUUUUCCUGCUGGCUCAGUCGCUGUCAACAUCCGCUGUGAUGGGCUCAUUAAGGCCACAACAGAGAUUAAGUACUCUUCAGCAGCAAAACCAAUGGAAAGUGCAUUUAGAGAGUCAGAUCCAGGAGACCGUUUGUGCCAGAAUAACAUUGAAGAACUUGAUGAUGUUCUUACAUCUGUAUUCAAACAUGAGAUACCAUAUUAUGAAUUCAAAGUUCCCCAGAUUGAAAUUUGUCCUCAAAAAGAACGUACUCAGGUCAAAGAAUUCCCAACACUUCUCCACUGUGCAGCAAAAUUCGGCCUAAAGAAUCUGGCUGUACAUCUGCUUCAGUGUUCAGGAGCAACCUGGGAAGCUCAGAUGAAGAACAUGUAUGGUUCAGAUCUGGCACAUAUUGCUGAAAGACAUGGUCACAAAGAACUCAAGAAAAUCUUUGAAGACUUUACAAAGGAAAAUAUUUCAAGAGAGAGAGAGAGAGAGAGAGAGAGAGAGGAGCCUGGGUUGCCAUUCCCUGCUUACUCACCUGCUACACAGUCCCCAACAUUUCAUCAUGAAAUCAGGAAGACACCCAGGCUGAGUGCAGAGGGCAAUGAGGAACCUGAAAUGGCAGGGCGAGCAGAGGAAGAAGAGCCAGGUGCUCGGGCUAGGCUCCGCCUGCCGGAAGUCAGUGAAAGCUCAGAAAACCAGUAUGAUGACUUGUAUGUGUUCAUUCCUGGACUUGACGCCAAAAACAGCUCCCAGGAGUCCGUAGCAUGCUGCCGACCACCUCUGCCCCCACCACGACCUGGGUCUGCUGCCUCCCAACUGGAAAGACCUCACUUCACAUUACAAGGAAAAAUGAUGGAAGACGAGAUGGAAAGAAAUCAAAACUGGACUGAUCCCAGUGCAGGACAAGAAACAGGAGAUGGAUCCAAAGAAGAGGAGGAGGAAGAUGGGACAGAGCAGGAGGAGGAGGAGAACCCAUAUACUUUUGCUGAGACUGAGGACAAUGAAUAUGAUCUGAUCCUGGCCAGCUUGAGUAUAAGGAAGAAAACCGGAAAUCGCUCCUUCAUUAUAAACAGACCUCCUGCCCCCACACCUCGACCCAUAUAUGUUCCACCCAAAGAAGAAGCAACACCUUACAUAGCUCAAGUGUUCCAACAGAAGGCAGCCAGAAGACAAUCUGAUGGUGAUAAGUUCCAUGGUCCCCCUAAGAAACCAGACAAAGCUCGGAUGGAGGGUUCAACCUUCUCUAUUGCAAGGGACUGCCUGACGGCUGGGCAGGAAGAACUCAUUCGCCUACAAGAGAAAGUGAAGAAUGGGAAAAUGUCUGUGGAUGAAGCCCUGGAGAAAUUUAAACACUGGCAGAUAGGGAAGAGUGGCCUGGAACUGAUUCAGCAGGAAAAACUACGUCAACUCCGAGAUACCAUUAUUGGAAAAAGACCAGAAGAAGAAAAUGCCUAUGAUAAACUCACCAUUAUACACCAUCCAAGUGGUAAUUCUGCCCACAAUGAAAACGUGCUGAAUAGUAUUCCCUUCAACAGCAAGUUUCCUACUCGACUCCAACUCGAAAAGGAAUCUGGAUUCUGUUGCAAGAAGGAUCAUUAAAAAAGAAUAUUAGACUGGAGCUCAAGUCUGCAGACACUGCUUUUUGGGUGAAGCAAGGAAGGCCGCGUCUGGAAUGCCGCUCUCGAGGGCCAACCCAUGCUAUCAAAGAAAGAAAACCUUCAGAUUCCUGAUUUGUUAUCACAGCAAUUUACUGGUAGUGUACCUGCUAUACUGGUAGGCACAGCAAUGUCAAAAUGGAAUGUCAUAGAAAGUUCUUGUGUUUUUCAGCACACUGCUUCUUAAACAGCUAGUUUUCAUCUUGAAAAUCAAAGAAAAAGAUGGAGUUACAUACAAUCUGGAAAAAAUAGGGGCACUGACCAUAACGGAUUAUUCUUCUCUCCUUAAAUAACUAUUAAACUACAAACUUACUACCUAUGUGCCUUUUAAGUGACAGUCUACUGUCUGCCUUUCUCACAUUUAAAGUCAUGCAUAUUCUUGUUACAUUGUUUUUUAGAGAGCUUCUUUUAUUUGGUGCCUAUUUGCACGUACCCCUGAAAUAUUUUUGAAAAAAUUACAUUUUUUCUUUAGUUGCUCUUGUUCUGUUUUGCAGUUCUGGGGACUGAACUCAUGGCUUCAUACGUGCUAAGCAGACACUCUGUCACCCAGUCGCAUUCCCAGCCCUCUAUAUUUUUUCUUAACUCAUAUUAAUUGUACAGAUUAGUGGGGUGCACAGUGACAUCUCAGAACAUGCAGACAUCAUGCAUCGGUCAUAACCACCCUGCCUUCUAUCCCUCCUCCUCAGCACCUUUCCAAAUCCUGAGGCCCUUUUAAACAUCCCUCUCUCAAAUUAAUAUCCAUUUCUACAACCUGUAUUUCCUAUUAGAAGACUGUGAUUUCAUCAGUCUAGUACUUACAGUUUACCAGCUUAGAAUACAGUUUUGUCAUACUAUG